UUAAUCUUUCUCCUCGUUUAAAGUAAAAUUUUUAUUCAUUUCGAGCAGAUUUGUCUUUCCCCUUCCUCCACCUUUUCGGAAACACGUAAGGGAUUUUUAUCGUGAUGAGUGAUGUACACAGUUGGAGAUCGGCAGAGAUUACAGUGUGCGCCCGUAUCUUCCAUCUGUAAAGUACCGAAGUUAAGAUCAUCCGCAAAUCCCGCGUCGCGACGUAGAGGUAAACAGUGCUACAGCCGGUCCUCGCCGUAAGUCUGAUCGCAGCCUUGGAGACUCGACGUGGAAGGGAGACAAAAUAAACCAGACACGCACACGAUACAGACCCGACAAAAAGAACCGCAAUGAAGCCAAAAGUCAGCUUGGCCUUGGGCUGCUCCUGGCUGCUCCUGGCGCUCACGGCAAGGCCGAGCCAGGGCUCCCCGAGCGGAGCGCCGCUCUCCACCUGCGACACCAUGACGCCCCUGCACAAGGACAAGCUGCCGCAAGAGUCGAAUGCACCGUACCAGCUGCUGCCGUCCAGGGGCCAGGGCAGGAUACGGCUGAUCCUCGGUAGCCCCGAGGGUUACGGGUACGAGGGCUUCAUCGUCCUGGCGCGCGACAUCGCUACCGGAGAACUCGUGGGCGAGUUUAGCAAUCUGCCCGAUGACUCGGCGCGACAUCUCGAGUGCACGACCGGGCUGAAGGACAACGACGUGAACGACCUGUUCUACGAAGGCUGCGGCUCCGUGAAAAACUGCUUCGGAACGCCCGACCUCUGUGUGGACCAGAAAAACUGCAUGGCCGCGGUCUCAGUUCUGGUCCAGGGCGAGCGGUACGUCUUCGAGAUGCAGUCCCGCAACUCCAAGUACGUAGCAGUCGGGCUGUCCGAGGACAACAAGAUGGGAGACGACGCCGUCGCCGAGUGCGUCAACGAGGACGAGAGGGUGGUCCUGCACACAUCCUGGAACAAAGGCAAGCAUAACACAAGGCUCUCGAAGAACGAAACUUCGGCGGCAGUCGAGCUGGUAUCGAGCUCCUUCCAGGACGGCGUGAUCAGCUGCAAGUUCUUGCGCAACAAAUUGACGACGGUGCAGGGCCAGCGGUUCGACCUUGUGGCCAAGCCUUACCACUUACUCAUCGCCAUCGGAAGCAGUUUGAAACCAAACAGCGUGGGCUACCACGACCUGGCAAUGGCGAGCUCGGCCGAGCCGAGGCUCCUGUCGGACGUCGGCACCCUCAAGUCGGCCAGUGAGCUCCUGACGCGCCUCCACGGCGCCCUGAUGAUAGUCUCCUGGCUGGGCACUGCCUCCGUUGGCAUGCUCCUCGCCCGUUACUACCGGCAAACCUGGCUCGCGUCCCAGCUGUGCGGCAAGGACCAUUGGUUCGCGUGGCACCGGGUGUUCAUGUUCCUGACGUGGGCGAUGUCGAUAACCGCGGCAGUCCUGAUAUUCGUCGAGGUGGGCGGCCUCAGUACGGAAGUGUACCAUCGAUCCUUCGGCAUAGCGACGAACAUCCUCUGCUUCGUUCAGCCGUUCAUGGCGGUGAUGCGGCCCCACCCGGGCGCCCCGAGGCGGGCCCUCUUUAAUUGGGUCCACUGGCUCGUCGGCAACGCCGCCCACGUAUGCGCUAUUAUCGCCAUAUUCUUCGCCGUGCGCCUGACGAAGGCAAAACUGCCGGACUGGGUCGACUGGGUACUCGUUGGCUACGUCGCCUUCCACGUCCUGACUCAUCUGUUCCUCACGUUCGCCGGCUGCGCAUCGGACAGACAGGGCAGUCAGAGGGUGAAUUCCUUCCCCAUGAAGGACGUGCAUAGCCGGAAUUCCAUGUCGCACGUGGAUGCCAGGCGAGACGCACCGGGCUCGGCUCUCCGGAAGCUAGUCUUCGGCAUCUACUUCCUGGUGAUGGCCGCGGUGGCAACGGCCCUCGUACUCAUCGUCGUGUUCGCCCCCAUAGGCGACUCCUGGCGCGACCUCGUCAACUUGGUCAAGAACAACUAGGAGGUUUCAUCGCGCGCAACGGGGUAUACAAAUCUCACAUCGAUCCACAGCUUCGAGGUGUACGUCAAAGCGUGUGCGUGUCAUAAUGUACCUCGAGCUCGUUGUUAGUCUUUCGCUGUACAAUAUAUACCCGUACUUUGUGUACUACGUGUCGCGCAACCCCGAACUUACGCACUACCUUGGUUGAUUUACAUGUACAUCACUUGUUUCCGGUGCGUGUGCCAUAAUGUUAAGCCACUGCUGCCACUUGCUCCGUUUUCUUUCACCUUUAUCAUUAUUAUUAUUACUACUACUAUUAUUAUUAUUAUUAUUAAUAUUAUUGUUAUGGUCAAUUUGCAUUUCCUCCACGCGAACGUACUACGCUUUCGCGUUGAACUACGUGCUUGGCACCGACACACAGAAGAAAGGGAGGGGGGGGGACCUCGUGGCCCACUACUCGUAUAAUACAGCGAUUGACCUAAAUUCAUACAUCAAACGAGUGGCUUGGAAAAUAAGACAGAAAAACACACGACACAAUGUUACUUUGUAAAAAAAAAAAAAAAAAAAAAACCGAUAACCGAGCAAUAUUUGUAAGGUAUAUAUCACUACGGAGACUAAUUCGCGUACGGUUAUCCCAUCGUUCACGUUAGACGCUGGACUGCACUUCGACGUAAGAGCGAAAAGUGUUCGGUCCUGUAAAACGCCGGAAAGGAGUGCAGUAGCAGAGUGGUUUUGUACGAGGGGUAGAAGUAGGAGAAAAAAAAAAAAAAAGGCGAGAACAGGUAGAAAAUGGUAUUGCACGGCUACGGGUAGAAGAGAGAAGCUGAUACGCGGUAAGGAGCUUUGCUUCGGGAAGUGCAGCUCUUGACGAUCGCAAAGUCCGUUUUGUAGAUUCUUUUUUUUUUCCUUUCUUUCUCUCUAUUGAUUCGAGCGCUCGUUGGUGAAGAGCGGACACUUCGUGCGGCCAUUUUCUGCAACGCGAACGAGGAAUGGCCUUACGUAUGUACUGCAUUUUAUCACUUGUUGGUAUUUUUAUUCGUUAAGUGCGUAAAGGAUAAAUUGGUGUGAGAGGAGGGCACGGACAAUAUGUACUUACUUUUAAUUUUUCCUUUUAAGAAAAUUGAAGUUGCUAUGUUUACAAUUUGAUAAAAGCUCAAUGCAUUUGUAAACAAAAUACAAUUUUAUUUAUUUUUAUCACGGAAAAUCAAUGUUUUCUAAGUAAUUGCAUUGUAAAAGAAAAAAUUAGUUUUGUAGAAAGAAGCUCCUCGGCUUUAGUGUCACUUUAUUGUAAAAGGUAAGAUUAAGUCAGGAGGUUUUUUUUUCUCAUUUCUACCGGCUGGAUAGGAGAUUGGAAACGUGAAUAAUCUUUACCCACUCAAGCUUUUCGUUGGAAUCGAGAUUUAAUCUUAAGAGAAAAUACAAGAGUUUCCUUAGAACCUUCCAUUCUUUAGUCUUCAAAAAGUUUUUUUUUCCAUUUAAGGAACAUCAGUAUUAUGGCUAUUCUAAAUUUUGUUUUAGUAGUGAGGAGUCAAAAAUAAUCGUUUAAAAUUUAUAGCACA